GGGGAAGACCCGAGGGGACAGAACUGAUCUCCAUCGGGAGAUCCUGUCCUCAAUUUCUACCAUCAUGCCCCCUACCCAUGCCCUCCAGGGACCAAGUCUGGCCACCAACUUGGCCACAUCUAAUUAUCCGCUGACCAGGAAGCAGCAGAAGCCAGCACGAUGACGGUUGAAAAUCACAGGGACCUCUGGUGAUGGUUCCUCCAAGGACUCGGGCAGUCAGGGGUCUCAGGCCACUCAACUCUCAGAGCCGGAUCCCCGAAAAUCUGUUCCGCCACUUGCUGCAUCUGCCACCACUUACAAGACUCUCGCCAUGAAAGGCCUGCUGUUGCUCAUCCUAUCUGCUCUGUUCUGCUGGGUUGCAGCUGACAUUCGCUGCCACUCCUGCUACAAGGUCCCUGUUCUGGGCUGUGUAGAUCGACAGUCCUGUCGCCUGGAGCCAGGACACCAGUGUCUGACAACAAAUGUGUACCUCGGUAAGAUGUGGGUUUUCUCUAACCUGCGCUGUGGUACACCGGAAGAACCCUGUCGUGAGGCCAUCAACCAAACCAACAACAAGCUGGGCCUGAUCUACAACACCACCUGCUGCAGCAAGGACAACUGUAACAGCUUUGCCCCGCGCCACACUCCAACCCUGACCAUUGUUCUCCUCACCUCCUUGGCGGGUCUUGGCCUCUGGCUGCUGCACUAGACUCACUCCAUGGUCAUCCCUCUACCUACAGGCUUUAGCUGACAGAUCCUGGAUCCCAGGAAAGACCUGAUGACCUCACGCUAGGGAGUGGAUUCUCCAAAUGCUGGCUCCCAUCCAGACUCCAUCUCCAUACUCACCAUUUUCCAUUUUGAGUAAUAAAUGUCUGU